AAUGUAUCGUUAGUUAGGUACGAUCUGAUGUUCGCGAUUUCGUUUUCAACUCCGAGUCGACAAUUCUGUCACGUUUGAGCGUGUAUGUCAAUAUCUGGGAUUCAAUAAUUCAGUCCAUCAUGACUUCAGGUCACUCGAGGAUCAUAAUGCCAGCGCGUUCGUCCAAGAUUUGGAUGGUCCACGCACGGCUAUGGAUGGGAAUUUGAAAUUCCAUCUCGACCCCGCCUUCCCGGGGUUCAUCGACACUAGAAUCACGACAUAUGCAUGCGGGAUAUUCCAGCCUCCGUGGAAACCCCCACCAUCUUCUUGAACAGAUGCAAGUGGUUUAGAAAACUCUCCUUGAAACGGAACGAACACUCGCGCCGUGGAAUAUACCGGGGUAGAAAUUGUACACGUAAUGGACUCAUCGAAGUCCAAGGCCUGGAAAUCUAGAUUCCAAAAGUCGUUCUGCCCAGGGCUGUGGAGUCUACAUGCUUUUGAUACCACUCGGUGGACAGGACCCCUUGGAUAUAUCAUCACAGGCCCCCAGCAAAACCUCUCAUUUCAUUAACAAGCACUUUCACAAUGUCAGACCUCAAAGCUACUGUUUCAGAGACCAAGUCAGCCUCCGGCCACGCCGGCUUCCAUGUCACCGGAUAUGAGAAGAUCGAAUACGGCUUUACAUUCAUCGAUGGAAUCUUCGACCCCUCAAACACGAACCUCGCCGAUUGCUAUAAAAAAUGGGGACGAUGCUUAGCUGUCACGGAUCAAAAUAUAUACAACGUUUAUGGGAAGCAGAUGGAGGCAUACUUCCAACACCACGGCCUCAGCUUGAAGAUCCACAAGACAAAGAUUGGCGAGAAGGUUAAAACGAUGCCGACCCUUUUGAGCAUCGUUGAUUCUAUGAACGAGUUUGGAAUUUACCGAAAGGAGCCAGUGCUUGUUGUUGGAGGUGGACUUGUCACAGAUGUUGCUGGUUUCGCUUGCGCUGCCUACAAACGGAAUACCAACUUCAUCCGUAUUCCCACGACAGUCAUUGGUCUGAUCGACGCCUCUGUCUCGAUCAAAGUGGCCGUUAACUAUGGUAACUACAAGAAUCGACUUGGUGCUUACCAUGCACCUAUGCACACCUUUCUCGAUUUCACAUUCCUCCGGACGCUGUCAAUAGCACAAAUCAGAAAUGGUUUCGCGGAGUUGAUCAAAAUAUCCACAUGUUCUCACUUGGACACAUUCAACUUGCUCGACAAGUACUGCGAGCAGCUCAUCGAACAAUCCUUUGGUCGUGCCAAUGGCUCUCCUCAGGAGUUGAUCGAUGCGGCGGACAAGAUCAACCGCGAAGGAAUUCAUGAGAUGCUGAGGCUCGAGACACCGAACCUCCACGAGAUUGGUCUUGACAGAGUUAUCGCAUAUGGCCACACUUGGUCACCUCUGCAUGAGCUCGUCCCGGAAACUCCCCUCCGCCACGGUCAUGCUAUCAGUAUCGAUAUGGCCUAUUCGGCAACUCUCGCCAACAACCGAAAACUGAUCACGGAUGAAGAACACCGCCGAUUACUCAACCUCUUUUCUCGCGCAGGUCUGUCCAUGGAUCAUCACCAGUUCGAUGAAGAUGUCCUUGCCAAGGCUACCACUGCAAUUCUCAAGACUCGUGAUGGACUUCUUCGUGCUGCUGUACCAAGUCCGAUUGGUAGUUGCACAUUCCUCAAUGAUGUCUCAGCAGAGGAAAUGAACGCCGCUCUUCGCAGACACAAGGAGCUCAUGAGGGAGUAUCCAAGAAAUGGAGAAGGAAUUGAGGCGUAUGUUGACGCCUCCGAUACUGGAUACACGGAGAAUCCUCAAGCAGAGGAAGAGAGAAUGGUUGAAGCUGCAGCCAAGAAAGCUGGCAGCUUGAAUGGACCAGAUGGAAAGAUCCAAAGUGCCAAUGGUUCUGCUAAUUGUGUUGGAGGUAAAGAAGGUCAUGAUGUUUCUAAGACAAAUGGAGAUGCCACUGGUAUCUUAUCCAUGGUGCUAGGAACUGGACCAGAGGUAAAUGGGAAUGGACACGUUCGCUUUGUAGAUCCUGCAAAAGCAUGAUAGACUAUUCUCUUCGUAGCUCUUAGUAGUACAGAUCCUAUAGAUGGUGAGUUUCUAGAGCUAUUGCAAAUUCUUGUCGCUGCG